AGGUCAUGGCUUCCAUCGCGUCAAAGCUCGCGCGGGCAGCCGUCGCAUGUCGCGCCUCUCCGGCAGCCGUUGGAGGUUGCAGUCGCCUCGUCUCCCCUUGUCUCCCUCGGACUGGCCGGCGCAUGUUCAGCGGCCUCGGCCCCGAAGGUCAUAAGUUCAGGUUCGAGGUUGUCCAGCCAGUGCCUGGUGGUCCCACGACAGAAGAAGCUGAUGAUAUUCUCACUGUUACCGAGGAAAAACUCAAGUCAGAUGAAACACUACGGGCCAUGUAUAAGUUCUGGCGCAAGUAUUAUGGCAUAUCCCGCGAGGGUGCUGAGCUGGACCGUCGGUUCGAGAUAUUCAAGAGGAGGGCAAGGUUUGUGCACAAAACGAACAAUUCUCGUUGUGGCUACCAGGUGGGACUGAACGUGUUUGCAGAUCGGACCGCGGAGGAGGUUAUUCAUCCGUGCUCCACCAAAAUCUCGUGCUAG